UUUACCACAGCCGCUGCAGUAAUGGCGAAUAUUUGAUGCACCAAUGUUCUACGUUAUACCGCAGUCACCGUCCAACUACCAGAGGAAACAUAUUUCCUGUUGUAUUGUCAUUAAACGAACUCUGCAGACGCAAUAACAUCGAAAAUGUGUGUCUGCCCUCAGAUGGAAGCAGCAAUAUCAUCUGAUUCGCAGAAUAUUUUUAAUCCCAUGUCGUUGGAUCAUGUUCGAAACGUAUCAGAGUUCACAGCUGGGAGAGCAGCUUUUGAGGUCAUAUCCACCAUGGGACCACAGGUUGCACGACAAUGGAUGCGGUUCAAUAAUCAAACGGUUGCCGACAAAGUCCCACCUGAAAUGCUUCAUCUAAUUGAUCCACAUUGGUACCAAUUUCCUCCCAUGGAUCCGUUGUGGCACAAAAUACUUGGUCUUGUGAUGAUCGUCCUGGGGGUAUUGGGUUGGAGCGGUAAUGGCGUCGUGGUGUACGUGUUCAUGCUGACACCCUCGUUAAGGACUCCAAGCAAUCUACUCGUCGUUAAUCUAGCCUUUUCGGACUUCCUCAUGAUGAUCAUAAUGUCCCCACCAAUGGUUAUUAACUGUUAUUACGAAACUUGGGUGCUUGGAACUCUGAUGUGCGACAUUUACGCAAUGGUUGGAUCACUGUGUGGAUGCGCAUCUAUCUGGACUAUGACUGCCAUUGCUCUGGAUCGGUAUAAUGUUAUUGUGAAGGGAAUGUCCGGCACUCCAUUCACCAUCAAAAAAGCAAUCUUAGAAAUUCUGCUAAUCUGGAUGUUUGGAUUAGUUUGGAGUAUACUUCCCAUGAUUGGAUGGAAUAGGUACGUCCCAGAAGGCAACAUGACUGCUUGUGGAACGGAUUAUCUGAGCAAAGCAUGGCUCUCCAAAUCCUACAUUCUGGUUUACUCUCUAUUCGUUUAUUACUUGCCGCUCUCCACUAUCAUCUACAGUUACUAUUAUAUUGUCUCCACGGUUGCCGCGCACGAAAAGGGGAUGAGGGAUCAAGCAAAAAAGAUGAAUGUGGCUUCUCUGCGAUCUGGUGAUAAUCAAGCAGCGAGUGCGGAAGCCAAAUUGGCGAAAGUGGCAUUGACUACAAUAUCUUUAUGGUUCUUAGCCUGGACACCAUAUUUAGUAAUUAACUACGUGGGCGUCUUCAACAUUGCUAAGAUAAGCCCUCUCUUUACGAUUUGGGGAUCACUUUUUGCUAAAACAAACGCUAUCUACAAUCCAAUUGUGUAUGGCAUCAGCCAUCCCAAGUACAGACUGGCGCUGAAAGAAAAAUUACCAUUCCUGGUGUGCGGAUCGACAGAGCAACCGGCAGCACCUACGGCUGGACCGCCGCCGGCCAAUUCUGAUUCUGCAUCUACGAAUACAGCUGAUGCGAAGGCCUGAUGGUCCCAAAAUUUAGAGUGCAAACAGCCUUGAUAUUUCCAUAUAAGUAUUAUUCGUGGAAAUAAAAAACGCAGGGUGAUGUUGAGUGGCAUUUACCGAUCGCAUCGCAAUUGAUCGUCCGUAAUAAUAUAAAAAAAUAUAUAUUGUUUUACGUUUGCAAAAAUAUUUUCAUGUUCAAGUGCAGACCUUUGCCUUUGUGUCGCGCUUGAAAGAAAUAUUAUGGAUAUAACUCAAUAGUAAGAACAAUUCCCGCGAGUCUCACCUUUUUAUGUUCGUAAUGUUGAUCAAUAAACUACUUCCUGAACAUUUUAAGCAAUUUACGUAAUUAUACGCGCCGAUGACUGCCGAAAUUCGCUGUUGCCUCGACGCGUGCAAAACGACAAAAUACAUAAAUGCGAUCGGAAUCGAAAUUAGCUCAUCCUUUUAGCCUCGGCUUUAGAUAAAUCAUAAGAAUUAAACUUCGCUCAAGCGAUUACACUUUCGUUUUGCCACGUUGAGUCACCAAAAAUGCGAAACUUCCUUCGAAAAAUGAUUUUCGUAAUGAAGUACGACACGACUAACGUCGGUAAAGGAUCGGUAAAGAGGAUGCGGUUCUUUUUUUCUUUGCUAGUGAAAGAGACAAGUCUCGAUGAUGUUUAAUUUUCAUGCAGGAUUUAUUCAAUCUUUAAAAAUAAAACACACAUGGCGUCUUUGCCAAUCAGUAUAUCCAAUGUCAUAAAGCCAAAGUGCCAGUUUCAAGGUGAAGUCGUAUUUAGUGCCGAGAAUAAGCUAAAAUAAGUUUACAGAAUACAGGCGAUGAGAUUUCCUGUUUCGGAUAAUCGGUGAACUGUAAUUCGUCUCGAAUUGUGGUGAUAUUCGAGAAACAAGUUCAAGGAUAAAUGCCGAGCAAGAAUUCAUCGCCAAGG